UUGGCCAAAAAAAAGAAAGAAGAAACAACUCAUAAAAAGAAAAUGCCUAAUCAUUAUUUAGAACCUCAAGGGACUGAGUAUACCAUUCAUAUCUGCAUUUGUUACCCACACUCCUAUAUAAAUUUGUCUAAAAUUAGCAAAAGAUAGUUUGACCUGGGAGAAUCUGUAAAUUCUUCACUCUUCACUAUCUCAAAUACUUUCCUUUUUCUUUUCUUUUCUUUAAAGUUAACUGCAUUAGUAAAACAAGGGGAUUAGAGGAUCUUAAAUGCAUUAUAUUUACCAAAAAUGGACUAUGAUGAUGUAAUCAGGUAUUUUCUUGCCAUGCGGUGUUACUGUUUAAUGGAAAAUUCCAAAGCGUCUAUUCCUUGGAGGAUGAUGCCAAAUUGCUCUCUAAGUCUUGGACUCGUUUCCAAAAAUGGACUGUGCGAUGAUGUAAUGGGGUUUGUUUUAUGGUUCUUUCUAUCUUGGUAGAUCAGGUUGAAUGUUGGAAUUCAUGUUCAACCUACGAGAUCAGGUUUAAGAAUGCAUGUAUGUCCAAUCUGUAAAAGGGUCAGUGGAGCUUGGCACAUUUACAGUUAAAUGAGUCUAGUUAGACUUGAUGAAUUUUUAACUGAGUCGAUUGGGUGAGAGAGUAAUGGAUUCUGGGUUGGGUUUUGGUGGGAAUUUUUAACUGAGCUAUCGGCAUUUAUCUUGUGCAGAUACCUUGCACCUGAGUGUGCAGAGAAUGGCAUAGUUUAUGUAAGGACAGAUGUUUAUUCAUUUGGAAUUGUUAUGUUGCAACUGAUAUCAGGAUGCAAUGUGAUCGAUGAAAAUCAAGAAGAGCAAAGCCAGUCUCUACUUCAAUGGGCAGAAGUGCUGAUCGAAAAGCUUGCAUUACAUGAACUGAUUAAUCCUCAUAUUGGAAAAUCCUACGACACAUACGAACUGUACCAUAUGGCUAGGACAACGUACUUUUGUGUUAGGAGAAGGCUAGAAAUGCGCCCUUCCAUGGGACAAGUGGGGAGAAGUCAAGCUAUAGGGCCAGUUAGGAUUAGAAGGGAUGCUAUAGCUCGUGCUAUGCGGGGUUGGCACUCUCAACGUCUUCUUAGCAAUGGUUAUGCUGGCGACUCACCUAUCAAGGAGGAUUUAUAGGAUCGUUCAACCCCUGGGCUAUGCACAUUUAUACUUUGGCUUUCAGUUCUGACAAGUUGGGCCUGUGUUCCGAUGGCUCAGACCAUUAGUCUAUUGCGUGUGAUCAUGGAAGGUUUAUGCAUUGACAAUCUCUUGGAGAGGACAAUCCUCAUCCUUCCAUUUGUAGUAUACAAUAGAUGGUCAAGAAGAGAAAUAAAUCAAAAGGCCAUAUUUUGGCUGAAUGGUACUCAAUGGUGUAUAAGCAUAGGUUGUGGCUGUGAAUGACCCAUGCUUAUACCUUCUCUUGCAGACAUUUGUGUAAUUUGCAUUCUCUAGGGGCCUUAUUAGCAACCUCCAGUUUGUGCCAUUAUCACUUUUAUCUUCCACUUUAUUUCAUGUUGCUAGGUGGUGUCUGAACCUUGGAAUUACGCAUUUCUGCUGCAUUGUAGGAAUAUGAGUAAUGUAUUGAAUGCAAGGGACUAAUUUUCCA